UAAGUAACGAUGCAAUAAAAUUUUAGUUUUACGAAUUUUUGGAUAAAUCUCUGCCCAUUUAGAUCGACGUCUCAGUCGCUUCUUUCCGCCAUUGCCCCCGCGGACAACAUUUCCAUCUCUAUCACUUAGAUGGCUGGCAGUCCUCAACUGUGCGUUUCUCUAGAAACUUCCUGCCCCGCAACGCGCACAGCUAAACUGUGAAAUGAACUGUCGUCUGCGGUAUUUUCGGUCCGGUACGACUUUCAAACAUACAAGAAAAGAGCGUAACACAACGUAGACCAUCUUAAAAGCCGGCAACGCAACUCCGAACCAUCUGGUGUUUCGGGUAUCCAUGGGCAGCAGUGAUCGCUUACCAACAGGCGACCUGUUUUCUCGUUUGCCUGGUAUCACAUAAAUAAAAUGGUAAUAGAACACAGGACAUUGUCACGUUACAUUUGUAAUUAUCUUCAUUUCUGAUUGAUAGUUGCGGUGCGCACUAUCAUAUCACAAUAGCGGAAAUUAUAAUUGUUGUAUAAGUAUAAUUGAAUCGGCCUAUCACGUCCCACCACGCCCCUACCGUGCCUCGCAGCGUUUACUUCACGAUAACAAAAUAUUGACGCGGGCAACAUUCGCGGCUAAAGCUCGAGUGACAGUUCGCAUCUGACGUUUCUCACCUGUCAGUUGGGCGGCUUCUACUGUGCUUUGUGCAGCCUUUACUGUAUAAAGUGUAAAUAAAACUAUUAAAAUGAUUGUUAGAAUAUCGUUACUGUGUCUAUUAGUAUUAAUAUCGUCCACAAACUGUGAUAGAGACGUCGAAGUCCGUUCAGAAGAAGAUGUCGGCGUAAAAUACGCAAAUCGUUGCGAAGUUUGCAAGAUUCUAACCACCGAGCUGCAAGCGAGGCUCGAGGAGACCGGCAAAGUGCACGAUGUCAUCGAGAUCGGAUACUCUCUCGACGACGUGCAGCCCAAGAAGAGAACUAAAUAUGAAAAGUCCGAGUUGAGAUUGAUAGAAUCCCUCGAAGGAGUCUGCGACAGGAUUCUAGAGUACAACAUGCACAAAGAGCGCGAAGACAGCACCCGGUUCGCUAAAGGCAUGAGCCAGACGUUCAAAACUCUCCACGGGUUGGUAGACAAGGGUGUGAAGGUGGAUCUAGGUAUUCCCCUGGAGCUGUGGGACAAGCCGUCGGCGGAGAUCACGCACAUGAAGAGCCAGUGCGAGAGCCUUCUGGAGGAGAACGAGAGCGUGGUGGAGGACUGGUACUGGAACCACCAGGGCUCCGUCCAGCUCAUGCACUACCUCUGCACCAAACAUGCCUUGCGAGGGACCGAUGACUCUUGCCUCUACGAGAAAGUGAUGGAGAAAAACACUAAAGGAGACAAGUCUGAACUUUGAUUGUAAUUUUUUUAUAUAUAGUAAAAUUGAUCAACUAAUAUUUUUUUAGAAUAAAUUGUAAGUUUUUAUUUCAGUGUUUUAUUUUGCUUUAUUUGCCUGAUUACAGAUACAAUUUUUUGAGAUGCUUUAUGAUAGUUUGAAUGUUAGCAUUUCUGAACUGACUGUAUUCAUUCAAUGAAUUUAUCACAUUUUGAUUUUAAGUGACUAGGGCAAAACUUGUCAGUGUGGCUCAUUUUGUAAGGAAACUGGGUGCUCGUUGGAUAUUAGGUGGUAAUGUGUUAAUAUACAGAGACCUCCGCAUCCAAUCAACUGUCUUUAACAUUUACUAUGAUAUUAUUCUUCAGGACAGUAUUUAGUUGUAGUUAGUAUGAAACUGAGGCACCAGUUCUGAUAGGAGGGAGGAUGUAGGUGGAAUAGAUAAUAAUUGCUCUGCUGCUUACAUUCAUGACCAGAAGAAAAGUUUUGUUGUUCAAUCAAUCAAUCAAUCAAAAUAUUUAUUCGUAAUAAACUUAAAACUACACAAUAUGCAAAAAAACAGUAUUACUAAAACUACAAACGUACAAGGGAUUAAUAAGUUGACCUUUAGUUUGAGAUAAUGUGAGUGUGGGUAGUAAAUUUAAUCUACAUUUUGAGUGAGUGUCUUUACGUCUAACAAGACUAUUUUUGUUUUAUAUUUAUUAAUUUUUAUUUACUUUUGUGUUUUAUAGUAAUCUUUAAUUAUUGUUGUACAAUUUUAUUUUAUUUAGCAUUCAAUUCACUUGGGAAAUAUGACACGUAGAUAGGUAGUUAAGAUAGGGUAAAAUAAUAUCAGUUCAUAAUGACAUUAGGGUUUAGGAUAUUACAAAUAUGUACUCUAUAAGAUACCUAUUGUGGUAUAAGUAAUUCACCAACACAGCAAUAAUUUUGUGAGACCUAUACAUAGUCAAGUUUAUACUAGCUAAUAGUUAUUGGCUUAAACACAAGUGGCCUGUUCGUUCCCUUUUCCAGUUUUGGAACACUAGAAUGUAAUAAAUAGCCUAAGAUAUGACUCUCG